CAGAAGAUGCAAGACGAAACCACGUGCCACCGGGGUAAAAGUACAAGGAUAUAAAGUCGAACAAGAUGACUUCUAAUGUGAUUGCUGGAGAGGGAGCAGAGUCUGAUGAUGAUGAAGCUCAAUCUUCAUCAUUCAUGAAGAACACCAUGAUAAGCAGUACGAUGGUUUCUGGCGAAGCAUCGGAAACUGACGAAGAAGAAGAAGUUGAGGAGAUCAAAAGUCCUUACAGUAAACCAAUGACAGACAGUACCGAACAGCUAGAGGGACUGGAUUCAGAAACAUUCAGCGCCACUACAGAUGACACUGAACAACCAAACAGCUCUUCAAUUCAAUCAAAAAAGGUCGAAAAAGCAAAGAGACAUAAACUGGUUUAUAAAUAUGAUUCGCCUUUCCACAGAAAGCUAAGAGAAAAGAAUCUCCAGUUAAGAAGUGGUAUUGUUGAGGGGGUUACGCAGAUGUACAAAUCAGCUACUCUUAAACUAGAUAGCUCAACAUUUCAUCGUUCAAGAGCUCAAACAGCUGUCCAAGAUGUUGCAUACAACUCAAAGAUUAUUUUAGAAGACCUUCAUUCCCUCAUCCAUAUCAUGAGAAACACUGAAGAAUUAAAUACUUUAUCAAAUAUUAAAAUGAGCCAUUAAAAUAAGCGUUAGUAUAUAUGCGUAUUUUAAAAGAAUUAAAAAGACAUUCUUAGUCUG